AAGCGAGGAGUCCGGUCGCAGCUAUACAUGAGCUGCUCGGGUGUUUUUUUUUAUCAGGAGGAUUUCAGAAGAGAUCAGCUGCUGUUCGCGCUAUUCAAGAAGAGUAAAGUCUCAAUGGGGUAUUGAUACUGCAGUUCAUCAAAGUGGUCACUUGGUGGGGCGCUAUUACACAGGAAGUGCAGGUAAAAUCCAGAGAAGAAUCUUCCGUCACGUGAACAACUUCUUCCCCUCGGCCGUCAGAGUGAUGAAAUCGUGAUCACCCCUUGUUGUUUCACUAUCGCAGUGGGUGGGAUCCUCACUGACCAUGGCAACAAAGCUGAUUCUGAUUCUGACCUGCCUUCCAUCCGCCGCCGCCGCCGCCGCCAACACCUCCGGAAGUCGUCACCAACAACCGGAAGGCUCGAGCCCGGGGAUGGCCAGUGUGGUUGAAGUGGAGUGGGACUUCGUCUUUUGUGGAAACAGUUACUAUCGCACGUUUAUCGAAAGGCCCCGACAGCGCGGCGGCCAGGCGCCGCCUCUGAGGACGGUGAAAGUGAUGCUGCUCGGUAACGGACCGUGGAGGUUCCAGGUUUGGGAGGCGCUGAAGGAUGUUACCGAGUCCAUAGACUUUAUGCUCCUCUUUCAAAUCUUAACCAAGUUUUUCCGGGGCAAAGAAAAAGAGUCAGACUUGCGGCUGGCCAUGAUGGACAUUAUCCCUCCCUCGCCAAAUCCGGAAAUCCUCAAGAACCUCUCCAUGGAUGAAAUCCAUGUGAUCGUGCUGGUCGUGAGAGCAGAUCAGCCUCCAGACAUGGCUCCUCUGGUGCAGCGGGUUGAGCAUUGGUUUGGUCCAGAGUGGCACUGUCACACGCUGGUUGUCUUCACAAACGCAGUCCAGCUUAAGAAGUCUGGCCUUCGUCCGGUGGAUUACUUUGCCAGCAUGCCGGAUCCAAUAAGAGCGCUGGCGCAGCGGGUUGGUGGCGGGUACUUGUUUUUCGAUCACCAUGGCGGAUGGCCCUGUGUCGCAGGCCGAGCGCUCAGAGAGCAUCUGUUCCAAGUGUCUGCUCAGAACCAUCAUAAAGCUCUGAAGAUCAUAUGCUCAAGCGAGGCGUCUCACUUUGACUGAAUUAACUGGAGUGAAAACGUCUCUAGCGUGUUAUCUUAAACAAGAUCGCAAUGUCCGCAAAAGCUUUUCUAACAUGUGCCUGUCCUACUUCCUGUUUACAUCCGGGGAAGCCGUCUUGUAAUAUGGGUGGUACAGAUUUCCAAGGUAAACCAUUUCGUCCUUUGAUCCUGAAAACCGAAGCAGCGUUUCUCAUGAACUAGAGCUCAGGUGGAAACAAACUGGUUUUCAUCUGGUUUUAUUUAGUUCAAGCAGUGAGAGCAUACAUCCUGUCUGCAUCAGGUUAUCUGAUGGUGCAGUUGUUGAGGGACGGAGCGCGGCAGAGACCCUUUCCCUUCACCUGGAAACCACAGCCCUUAAAGUUGGCCACGCCCUUGCCGUCUACCUUGAGGUCCGGCCGAAGAAGCUCCCAAACUCUCUGCUUGGACUGCAGCUCUUUGUCUGGCUCUCCUGCGUGAAGAUAUUUUCCCAGCUCAGUUUUCUGUUUUUUUUGUUUGUUAUUGCCACAGAGGUUACCGGGGUAGUCGAGGCAGGUGACUCUGUCUCCGGGCGAGGAGCCUGUGGGCGGAGCCAGCAGCUCCACGGCGUCCUCCGAAUCACAGCAGCAGAGCAGUCGGGCCUGGGAGACCACGCCCUUCAGUUUACAGGCCUUGACGUUGCACAGCAACACGGCGAGAGAACCUUGGAGCUGUGAAGGAGAAUAUUGGAUUGACUGUCGAGAACAUUCAUGGUCAGAGAAGAAAACAUUGGCACAUAAUCAUUACGCAGACUAAUGCAUUGGUAACCUGUGUACGGCAGAAUAUCUCUUCUAUUGAGUCUCUUAUAUCUUAGUCUCUUAGACUUAUUCUGUCUUUAAUCCUUCAUAGAAGACUCCACCUUUCUAAAAGAAAUUCAAGCUUGAUCUUCCUUGUGACAAGGAUUAUGUAAUAACCAAAGUGGCAGUAACUUGUUUGGUAACAUGUUACUUUUUUCCUGAAUGUACCAUGUUUUAAUCAUGUGAUCCAGUGUUUUUGAAACUUUUUUAAUCCGCGGCACACUUGGUUUGAAAAGUUGUAGCUACCAACUGUCGGCUAAUUUUGACAAUUUGUGGAAACUAAUCGCAGAAAAUGACAUUGUUUAAACAUGUCUGGGUUAUAUGGCAAAAAUAUAUCAUGAUUUCUUUUUUUAUUUUAUUUUAAACAAACUUUUGAUUUCACCAUAUCACGCUUACAUGAUUUUGUUAUAGUUUGGGGAUUCAUUCAUUUCUGCAGCUUCAAAACAACAAUGAAUCGUCUCUUCACAUUUUGGAAUGCAUUUGUUUGGUACUGCAUCAACGUUUUUGGCAAAGAAAACUUUUGCUCGUCUACGAUUUUUUUUGAGACGUCACGAUAGCUGUUAGCUCUCUUAGCUCUGCGGUGCAGAGUCUUUGACGUUGCAGGGCCGACAAGGAAGGCUCCAUCCUUCUGUUGUGAAGGUGAGAGGUCAAGUUAGAGGUGCAUCGGGUUUAGAGAAAACAACUGGAAGUUGCACAUUUGACCAGCUUCUUCGCUGUAAAUGUGUGUGGGAAGACGAGCGGGCAACACGUCAGUAUAGUGCAUAGAAAGAUUCUGACCAAAUCCAUGUAGUGUUGUCCACCUCUAACUCUGUACAAAUGAGGUGAAACUGGGUCAUUUCCCGCAGCUCACCGGUUGAAAAACGCUGCUGUAAUCAUUCACGUCAGUAUGCAGAUGGAUGUGUUGUCAUUGAUGUUUUCACUAGCAAAUGUAUCAAAUUAUUAUGUAGUAAAUGUGUAAUUGCACGUUCUUCUCAUUCUGUUUAUUACAUGUUGUUUCGUUAUUACAGGGUGUUGUUGCACUUUAGGAACAAAUUGAUCUAUAAAUCUCCCACACCUUUGUCCCUUCACUUGUGAAGAAGGCCCUCAGAUGAGGCUGUAAAAGUGAGAGUUACCUCCUCCAGUGUCACUUCCUCUUCAUCUGUUUUCCUCCCGAGUUUGCUGACCACUGUCCGAGGACCACUCUCACCAACGUCCACCUCCUGGACCAGCAAAGCCUCUGCUAGCGGAUGUCUGCGAACGCUCAGUAUCCGCCCGACUCUGAGGUCCAAACGUGACACAUCAACUGGAAGGUCCACCUCCAGAGAGACUGAGGCAGGGCGACCUAGAAGAGAGCAGGGUUAAAGACUCAGUUGCUCGUUCCAUUCCUUGUCUCCCCGCUCGUCUCACCUCGUCGUUCUCCUCUCCUCCGUCGAUUCUGUCUGUCUCUACAAGCGUCUGAUGGCAGUGACGUGGAAGAUGUUGCCCCUGCAGGGGAGGAAGUCACUUUGGCAGGUGUGCUGGGAGCAGAGCUAGUGGUGGAAGGAGAUGAGGCUGCAGGGUGCGGUGCCUUUGCUAGGAAAGAAGAUACUUCAAAGUGAAUUUGGAGCUUGAAAUAGGGCCAAGAUAAUAUUUAUUUACUGCUGCGCCGUCUCUGUUUGUCCUGCAGCUGACGUCUCAGAUCCUCAAUGUCUUUCUUCAGUUUGGCGUUCUCCACCAGCAGCUUCUUCUGCUCCCUGACUGACGACUGCAGGACUGAAGCAUACACUGUUUUUAUAGAUCCACAAGUUGCUGUUUGGUCAACACAUGUAGCUACAGCUAUGGUGGUAUUUUGGAAAAAAAUCUAAUAUUUUGACUGUGUCUUUGAAAGGUGGUGAAGAAGCAAGUGCAGUCAGGGUGGGGGCAACAAAAUACAGUAAUAAUAUUUGAACUACACAUUGUCUCCGGUGUGUGUCACAAUGUAAUUUGACAUUUUAUGUCAGUCGUUUUUUUAUUUUCAUUAGUUGAUUUGAAAUCUACCUCAGUUUUCAGUGUUAAAUCUUUAACUUUAACCUCAACUUCAGCAUCUAUUGUCAUGAUUCGCUUUUAUUUUUGUCUGUCACUUCCGUUUUUGCUUUUCCGUUUCCCUCGGUUGUUGGAGCGUUGCCACAGUCAUGGCACGUGGCUGGUGCUAAUCUACAAAUCAUCAUCGCAGCUCGCUUCAAGCGCCUUGGUCCCAGCAACGUGUGUCAGAUCGAAUCCAUUCGUCCGUUCAUUCAUUAUGUCCGUUAUGUUCCUUGUUCUCCCGAUUCGGUGACGCUUUUUGUUUGGAUUAUUUUCGAUUGUUUUAUUUUCAUUGUACGAGUCUCAAGUAAAUAUUGUAUUGAUUCUCAGACGUGUCGUUGUCUCCCCAUCCAAGCAUUUGGGGUCCGCUCUGCUCGGCUUCAAAACAUCUAUUUUAGCAUGAUUAACGUCUAUAAUUCAGUCAAAGUCUUACGUGCUUUCUCUCGGGUCAGAAGGGCAUGAGUUUUAAAAUACUCCAUGAUCUUCUCUC